GCUGCUCCAGAACUUACUAGUACUCCCCUGCGCAGUCCGGCCCUAGAGGCCCGCCGGACGCGCCAUGACCGCCGGGAUAGCCUGGGGCUGGGCCGCGGGGGUCCUCGGCGUGGUCUGCCUGCUGCUCCAGUUCGACUCCAUCAGCUGUGAUCCCCAGAGGAUGUUUGGAAUUGUGAACGAGAGCAUAACUUUCUAUGUAACAAAGUCCGUACCCUUUACAGAGAUCAUGUGGACAAAAAGUAAGGAUAAAGUCAUCGAAUGGGAAGCAGGCUCUCCCGUCCACAUUUUCCCACCUUUUGUAGGUAGAGUUCAUUUAGACACCACGUCAGGAAGCCUUACCAUCUUCAAUCUGACAUCAUCGGAUGAAGCUGAGUAUAGAAUCGAAUCUCCGAGCUUUGGUGACAUCUUGUUCACCCUGACUGUGAUUGAUCCUCUUCCAUCUCCAACACUAAAUUGCACCUCGACUGCUGAAGACAUUACAGUCCGUUGCAGGAUCCCGGAAUCUUACAACCACACAGAAUUUUUAAACUACUCAUGGAAUUGCUUUUCAGCACUGUGUGAAAAUAGCUCCGAUCCAUCUGAAGUGUUGAUUCAGAAGAAAAAUGAUCUCUCACAGGAAAUACAGUGUAUUGUUAGCAACCCAUUGUCCAAACAGACAUCAUCGCUUGCUUUAGCAACCUGUGUCCCAAACGGGCAGUCAAGGCACAAUUUUGUGAUUUUACCAGCAGUAGUCCUCGUAGCAGGAGUGGCAUUUUUUUUGCUGUUUAGAAAAGGUUGUAUGAAAUGUGGCAGAAACACAGAGAGAACCAACCCCAGUUGACCGGUACUACAAGAUGAAAUCAAAUGUAUAGCGACUAAGUUAUUUAAAUAAUGGAACAAAAAGCCAUCUGAUUUGCCAUUCAAGUUUAUGUCAUCUUCGAGGACAUUUUGGAAUUCUAAUCUGAAGUGGCCCUCCACCAGAAGGUUCUUUUCUGGAAGAAAUAUCAACUAACAACCAGCACCAGUAUCUACCCUAUCCCUGCUGUGAUCUAUGACUAGAUACUGUAGAUGACUUUUGCCUCUCAAUUUUUUACUAUAAAUUUUCUAUCAGAGAGAUAUAAAUUUGUAAAUAUGUAAAUAUAUACAUAAGUGGUAGAUGGUUUGGCUUUUUUUUUUUUUUUCCUCUUAGGUCAGAAAAAUAUUCUGAGUCACACACCUCAGGAGGUGAAGGUUUUUUCCUAAAAUCUAUCUUCCGCUUCUCUUUUGUUUUAGAGGGAAAAGAAUUCAUUGCAGGAUUGGUAGUAGAGUGAGGGAGGAGAUGGACAAAGUACGUUCCGCAUGCUGGGUCCGUUGUUCUUGACAGGAGGCGAGGACACACGGGUCUUUUCGUUUAUUUUGCUAAGACCAGAUCGCCGCCAUCCACACGCAGGGAGACUUGUCUCAUGAAGGUCUCUUAACUCACUCAGUGUCUGGUGUUAGCUGUCACAUGGGCAGGGAAACAGCAGAGAACUCUUAAAAACUGUAAAGUCCUAUACAAAUGCAGAACAGAAGCGUCUCCUGAAUGAGGAAGCAGACGGCCCUGGCUGUCCCUCAGGUGGCCAUCAUAUAUACGAACAUCCCAAGCCCUUAGCUCCUGAACCCACACUACCCCUGGAGCUCCUGCCACAUGAGAGUCUUCAGCCUCAAAGAGGAAAUACUGCUUUUUCACACCAAGACAAAGUGUGCUGAAAGCCACGUGAGGCAGCUCUCUCAGGGCCCCUCCCAGGUAUCAGCAAGAAUGAGGCAGGGUCCUGGGCGCCCUGAGUACUGCUGGGAAGGCCCACCCCUACUUCUCCCUGGUCCUCCCACCUCUGGGCAGCAAAGCUUCCUAUCAAAAUGUGUGUCUGGCUCAUCCUGUGAAACCCUUUAUUCCAGGCCCUGUGGGGAGCCUGGGACUCCCAGAACAUCCUUCGCCUUCCAGACCGUUGUCUCUAGAUGCUCCGUAAGGCCCUUUCUGACCCCUCCAUCAACGGCAAAAUUCCUCGUAUUCUCUGCUAUGAAUGUUCCCUCCCCUUUCUGUUCUCACCGGAACCUGACUCUCCCCGAGGGAUGCUGCUUCCUGAGGCCCUCUCAAGGGCCGGUUCCUUCCUCUCCUGUGCUCCUUGGACCCUGGGCAAGAGGGAGGGCCGGUGUCCUCCUGGCUCCUGUCUGCUUCCAGCCCACGCCUCCUUCCUCAGUUCCGAUGGGCACACCAGCAGAUCACCACCACCACACACCCCUUUUCUGGUUAUCUUUGUUGUUCCUCAACCUGUGAAAAUUUUAGCGCUAGGUCCAGAUCACUCUUUCCUAACGCUCCUCCCUUCAUCUGAGUGUGCUUUCAGAACCCCCAGGUCCAGUGCCCUGGCAUGGUCUGCCCCAAGCAUCUUGCCUCCCUCCCUUCCCAGCAGCCACCGUCCUGGUCUUGCCCCUGACCUUCCACCACCAAUGCCCGCAGCCCCUCACAGUCCCUGUUAAAAGCAUCCCUGCUCCGCUCUCCGUCUUACACGUCUCUCCCUUGGCGCCCCACUCCACAGACCCUGCAGCCCCAACAGGUCCUCCAAGCCAGUGACCCCACGGCCCCCCACUGGCCUGCAGCCGCUGCGACUUCUCGUUCUCCGAGUCGUGCUGGGUCUCCAUGUUCAUCAUGAGAGCAACCUGCUACCUUCACUCUUUUACCCUGCGGUUCAUCCUCCUCAUUUGGCCAAAUCCCAACCCUGGGCAGAGGCACCUCUGCUGAUUCCCUCCCUGCACCUGAGCUGCUAAGGACCCUUGCAGGCAAAGACAGCCCUGGGCUGAGGAGUGUCAUCUCAGUGACUGCAGACCCCCAGGGGGCUCCCAGUGGCUCUCAGCCUCGCUGCAUUGCCCUGGUCUGCUCACUGUCUCCUCCCCUCUCUUCCUAGACCUGCAGCCCUGUGUCUUCAUGCUCUGCUGCUUGCUUCACUUCCUCUGUCACUGAAACAAAAGCAUCCAGAAGAACCUCCCGCCACAUGUCUACACACCCAACUGCAUUGGCAGCCAUGUCCUUUGCCUCCCCUCCUGUGACUGCACGUGAACCCUCCUUUGCUCCUCCUGAAACCUCCAUUCUCCCCCCUUGUCUUAUUCUGCUGGGGCUGCCAUGACAAAAUACCAGUGGCUUAAAAAACAAAUUAGACUGGGUGACUUAAAAAAACAGAAAUUUAUUUUCUCACAGUUCUAGAGGCUGGAAAGUCCAAGAUCAAGGUGCUGGCUGGUUUGGCUCCUGGUGAGGGCUCUCUUCCUGGUUUGCAGGCGGCUGCCUUCUCGCUGUGUCCACUCAUGGCUGGGAAGAGCCCUGGUGUCUCUCCUCUUCUUCUGAGGACACGAGCUCUACCAGAGCAGGUUUCUACCCUCAGGGCCUCAUGUAACCUUUGUCACCUCCUCACGGUCCUGUCUCCAAAUAGAGUCACACGGGCAUUAGGGUCUCAACAGGUGAGUCUUAGGACAAAAAUAUUCCAUCUAUGACACUGCUUCUGUGUGGGAUCCCAGCUGCCCUCAUCUACUUAAGGAGAUCACUCCUUGUCUACCUCUCUCCCGCAUCAUCAGCAUUUACCUCUCUGCUACGUCAUACAAACAGACUGUCAUUUCCCAUAUCUUCAAAAAAACAAAAUACUCUUUAUUCACUUCCCCAUCUAGCUCUUGUCUCAUUUUUCCACUAUCUUUAAUGUAAAAGUUUCUCAAAAGAAAUGAUCUGUACUUCCUUUUUUCUGACUCCUCUCCUCCUUUCUUGAACCCACUUCAAUCAGGCUUGUCAAUGUUACCAGGGACCCCCCCUCCCCCAGCCAUGGGAUCUGGUGGGUAGCUCUCCAGCCUCAUCUUGCCGUGUCUGUAAGCAGCAUUUGGCUCAGUGGAGUAGUUCCCACGUACUUAGUGCUUUGUAGAUGCUAGGUUCUGUGGGGUCUGCGACAGGAAAGCUUGCAAUGUGAUAGGGCAAACAGAUCUGUGAGCACUUGUGAUGAGUGUACUAAGUCCUAAAACAGAAGUAUAGACAAAGAACGAAGGAAUUACAACCAUAUGAUCCAGCUGUUCCACUCCUUGGUGUAUGCCCAAGAGAAAAACAUGUCCACAUAUAUGAAUGUUCAUAGAUCAUUACUCGUAAUAGCCAAAUGGAACAAUCCAUAUGUCCGUCAACUGAUGAAAAGAUAAACGUGGUACAUUCAAACAAUGGGAUAGUAGUCAGUGUAGAAAGUAAUGAGGAUCUGAGGGCGCCCGGGAGGCUCAGUAGGUUAAGCAAGUGUCUGACUCUUGAUGGCGGCUCAGGUCUUGACCUCGGGGUCAUGAGUUCA